AGCAAAAUCUGCCUGUGGGCACAGCAGGGAGGUUUUUCUGCAUUUUUGCUACAAACUUGCUGCUCCCCCCAUCCCUCCUCCUCUUUUAUUUGCUACUUGACUUUCCUACUUCUCUACUUCUUUACGUUUUUCUGUGAUGUUAGUUUCACUUUUUUGCCCGUCUGGGCUACAGGAAAGCUCCACACCAGGGCCCUGUCAGGGAAGCCCCUCGGUAGCUCUCCUGUUUUUCCCAUAGUUUUUGUAGCCACCAACAUGGAGGGACCGUGGGUGGGCACCUGGAGGCCUCAUCCCCGACGUGGCCCCAUUCUGGCAGAAUUCAGCACUCCAGGACCUAAAUACUGGAUCCCUGGGACAACAGGUCACGCGUCUCACGAUCCCACCAGAGACAAAGCCCCUGCAUACACAUUUAGAGGGGCCAAAUGUCCAGUUGCAGAAAGCUGCUCUCCAGGUCCUCGAUACUUCAUCCAUUCCUCCAUCACCAAGAUUGGGAAAUAUGUGCCUCCAUCAGCACACCUGAUUGGACGUCCCAAAACCAAGUCUGUGGUCACCCCUGGACCUAGUGACUAUUCCACAGAAAAGGCUGACAAACAUGUCUACUCUAACGCACCGGUACAGUCCAUGGUCUUCCGGCACAAGCUCAGUGAUGCUAUCCAAACACCAGGUCCUGGCGCCUACACCCUUCCCAGGCUGCUGGGACCCAACACAGUCUACACCCAUGCCAACCCAUGCUACUCCAUGAGAUUCAAGAGUAUGUACAACAGCUGUUUUCAAGACCUGGCCAAGACACCAGGUCCUGCGGCAUUCUCCAAGGUGGAACUGGAUGUCUACAAAAACAGGGCUCCCAAGUACACAAUGGGACUAAAAACUAAACUUAGUGACAAGACCCUGCGUCCGGGGCCAGCAGACUACAGCGUGGGAAAAGUGACGCUGAUCAAGGCCCGGGAACCUGCUUACACUUUCGGACUUCGUCAUUCCCUCUACAAAGCUGCUUUAUUACCUCGGAUGCCUCCUGAAUAAAACCAGAUACCUCCAAAGA